AUGACUGGCGGCGGCAUCUCGGACGAUGCGCUACACCUCGCGGCUCUGGGGCAUACCCAGGAAUUGAAGCGAACUUUCUCCCCGCUGGCUAUGCUCGGCUUAGCAUUCGCCAUUCUGAACUCAUGGACUGCACUGGCGACAUCCUUGUCCCUAGCAUUGCCUAGUGGAGGACCUACCUCUGUUCUCUGGGGAUUGAUCACAGCGGGCAUUUGCAACUUGUGUCUGGCGGCAAGUUUGGCAGAGUUCCUGAGUGCAUACCCAUCUGCUGGUGGACAGUACCACUGGGCUGCUAUGCUGUGUCCUAGGAGUCGCAUGAUCUCUUGGAUUACUGGAUGGAUCAAUGUCGGCGGAUGGAUGGCCCUAACUGCUACUGGAGGUCUUCUCGGGUCGCAACUUAUCCUGGGCAUCAUCUCGUUGAUGAGCCCAUCCUACGAGUCUAAGAGUUGGCAUCAGUUCCUGAUUUACAUUGGAUACAACGUAUUUGCAUUCUGUCUGAACGCAUUUGCAAACCGUAUUAUCCCGCUCAUCGACAAAGGCGCUAUCAUCUGGAGUAUAGCUGGUUUCUGUAUCGUGUCCAUCACGGUUCUGGCAUGUGCCUCUCCAAACUACAGUUCAGCCGAGUUUGUCUUUGGCGAGUUCAUCAACGAGACUGGCUGGCCUGAUGGUGUCGCAUGGUUAUUGGGCCUGCUUCAAGGUGGCUUUGGCCUAACAGGCUAUGACGCCGUUGCACACAUGAUCGAAGAGAUCCCCAAUCCGAGAAAGACAGGGCCCUUUGUCAUGAUCACUUGCGUGGCCAUCGGAACUUUUACCGGCUUCGUCUUCCUGAUGUGCCUUCUGUUCGUUGCUGGAAACAUUGACGACGUGAUCAGUUCGCCUGCUGGUCCUCUUCUCGCCAUCCUGUAUAAUGCUACAAGCAACCGUGCUGGAGCUAUUUGCCUGCUCAUGUUCCCUCUGGUCUGCACAGUCUUUGCCACCAUCGCCAUCAUGACAACCAGCAGCCGCAUGGCCUGGGCAUUCGCCAGAGACAGAGGCCUUCCAUUCUCCAAAUUCUUCAGCAAAGUCCAUCCUAGCCUUGACGUCCCUGUCAAUGCACUCGCUCUCACUUUAGGUCUGGUCAUCGUGUUCGGCUGCGUCUUCCUCGGCAGCACAUCCGCCUUCAACGCCAUCACCAGUGCCUCUGUCGUUGCUCUCAGCAUCACCUACGCCAUCCCCAUCGCCCUCAACGUCCUCCAAGGCCGCAAAGGUCUUCCCGCUGACCGCGCAUUCAUCCUACCCUCAUGGUUUGCAUGGUUUGCCAAUCUCCUCGGACUCGUCUAUGUCAUCAUCACUUCUGUGCUUUUCCUCUUCCCUCCCGACUUGCCUGUCAAUUCCAACAAUAUGAAUUAUUGCGUCGUGGCAUUUGGGAUCUGGUUGUUAAUUUCUCUGUUGACGUAUAUCUUUGACGGGAGAAAGAACUACACGGGCCCCAAGGUUGAUAUUGUUGACGAGCAGGUGCUUACGGCUAGUCCUUCGCCUGAAAUGACGAGGACGACGAAUAAUGAAGUCGAUUACUCGGAAAAGGGAAGGGAGUCGGGAUUUUAG